GUACAUGUGGAGAGCUGAAUAACUUUAUUAACAACUGUAAGAAGAAGACAGCAGGAGGAGGCUAGAUGGCAGCGCUGGUGCAGUACGUGGUGCUCCGCAGGGACCUGCAGUCCAACCUCGGGUGGCCGCUUGGAGCUCUGGUAGCUCAGGCCUGCCAUGCCUCCUCUGCUGUCAUUCAUCUCCACUACCAGCAGCCGCAGACCCAGGCUUACCUGCAGGAGCUGGACACCAUGCACAAGGUGGUGCUGGAGGUCCCGGAUGAGGUCACAUUGACCCGUUUAGCUGAGACAUUGGGUGAGGCCAAUAUCGAUCACAAACUGUGGAUUGAACAACCUGAGAACAUCCCCACCUGUAUUGCCCUCAGACCGUACCCCAAGGAGGAAGUCCACCGCUACUUGAAGAAGUUUAAACUUCUGAAGUGAUGGGUUGGGAUGAACCAUUAUUGACCAUCCUCAUGUUCCUGUUGAUGACAUCUCUCCCAGUCCAGGAAGCGUAUCGUUUUUAUGGACGUCUGUGGGCCUGCGUUUCCACUGGCGACAUCUGACCCACGUACAGCGAGAGGCUAGAUUAUUUUUUUUUUUUCUUGAUAAAUAUUUUUAAUUAUUACGUUUUUUGUGAUUUAUUUUUUUACUUGUGUUUUAAGCUUUUUUCCUUCACGGUUUACAUCUGUAAGAGCUUCCAUCUUGCCUUUACAUCCAGUUUCUUUCCAGUACCAAGUGUGGACCCAGGCUGUCACUGACAGUGCCCAGCUUCAUCCAUCUCAGCAGAAGUGGUCAUGCUCCUGGAAGAUGAUGGAAGCACUGUAUAACUGCUCACUCGGUGCAGAAUCGGGAGCGACUGUUCCCUCUGGUAGUAACAUUCUAUGGGAGUACU